GUCCUGUCGCUUAAAAGCUGAGAAAUAAGCUCGUCUGUUAGCGCAACAACACAAUUAUCCCGCCGUCAGUCGGACAUCACAGAGAACCAACGAGACUUCCGGUUAGCUAUAAUUCCCGUCAAGUUUUCAGUUACUGAGAUAAAUUCGCCCCGACCUAACGGCCGGGGGGGGGGCAAUCUGACCUCGACUCUUAAACGGUGACAACCUAAAACCACGCCGCCCGGUUGUUCCCCUCUUGUAGGGAACGAAACUAACCGGAAGUGUCGUUGGUUUUCUGUGAUCUCGGACUUGAGGAUGUUGUGCUAACAGACGAGCUUGUUUCUAAGCUUUCAAACGGCAGGACUGAAGGAAGAAGAAGAAGAACAGUCCAUCAGUCAGAGAGGAGACCUGCUGGAUUUCACAGACCAGGACCACUACAAGAUCAGAAUGGAGGAGAACCAGAACCUGGAGAACCACACCAACAACCCUGUUAAAAGAGAAGAACCAGGUUCACCCUCUGCUACCACCGAUAAACAGGGGACAGAAAACUCUGGUUCACACUCCAACAAUACAGCAGGUGUCAGUAAUGCACCUCAACACUGGUUGCUACCCGACAUAAAACAGGAAAAAGAAGAAGAAGAAGAACAGUCCAUCAGUCAGAGAGGAGACCUGCUGGAUUUCACAGACCAGGACCACUACAAGAUCAAAGUAGAAGAGAACCAGAACCUGGAGAACCACACCAACAACCCUGUUAAAAGAGAAGAACCAGGUUCACCCUCUGCUACCACCGAUAAACAGAAACAAACAGGAAGAAAGGGACUCAAACACCACCGCUGUCAGCACUGUGACAAAUCCUUCACGACAUCAAAAUAUUUAAAGAUUCAUCAGAAAGUUCACACAGGAGAGGAACUUCCCAGGUGUGACAAAUGUGGGAAAGUUUUCACUACAGACAGUAGUCUAAAAACCCAUGAACGGAUUCACACUGGAGAGAAACCAUACAGCUGUGAUCAAUGUGGGAAAGCUUUUGCUAGAGAAAUCACUCUGAAAAGCCAUCAAUGGAUUCACACGGGAGAGAAACCUUACAGUUGUGAACAAUGUGGGAAAACUUUUGGUGCUCUUUGUAACCUACAAACUCAUGGACGCAUUCACACUGGAGAGAAACCGUAUAGCUGUGACCAAUGUGGGAAAGCUUUCAGUGCUCGUGGCAAUCUACAAAUUCACCAACGCGUUCAUACCGGAGAGAAACCGUAUAGCUGUGACCAAUGUAAGAAAACGUUCAGUGCUCUUGGUAAUCUACAAAACCAUCAAUGUGUUCACACUGGAGAGAAACCGUAUAGCUGUGACCAAUGUGGGAAAGGUUUCACUCAGGAGAGUCAUCUGACAACUCAUCAACGCAUUCAUACAGGAGAGAAGCCGCACAGAUGUGACCAAUGUGGGAAACGUUUCACUGAUGAGAGAACCCUAAAACGUCACCGAUACGUUCAUACAGGAGAGAAACCGUACAGCUGUGACCAAUGUCAGAAAGCUUUCAGUAGAGGCAGCCAUCUGAAAAUCCAUCAACGCGUUCAUACUGGUGAGAAACCGUACAGUUGCAACCAAUGUGGGAAAGCUUUCACUUCAGACAGUAAUCUAAAAGUCCAUGAAAGGAUUCACACUGGAGAGAAACCGUACUGCUGUGAUCAAUGUGGGAAAGCUUUCGCUAGAGACGAUCAUCUAAAAGUCCACCAACGAACACAUACUGGAGAGAAACCAUACUGGUGUGAUCAGUGUGGGAAAGGUUUUACCACAGACAGCCAUCUAAAAACCCACGAACGCAUCCACACCGGAGAGAGAUCAUACAGUUGUGACCAAUGUGGGAAAACUUUCAGUACUCCUGGUAAUCUACAAAUCCACCAACGCAUUCACACUGGAGAGAAACCUUACUGGUGUGAGCAAUGUGGGGAAACUUUUGCUCACGGGAAUUCCCUAAAAACCCAUCAACGCAGUCACUCACCAUCGUGUUGAACAUGUUUUAGAGGCAGCUUAGAGGUGUCUCCCUGCCUCCUCUAAAUGUCUUAAUAACAGUGUUGUUUUAUCCUGAGCUUCUCUAUAAACUGAUUGCUAUGAACAGUAAUUUAAGAAUGAGCAUAUAUGCCAUCAGUGGCAUAUGUGACCAAAUUUUAAGCUCAGUGAUUGGCUGUUUCUGAAAUACACCUUGGUAGUCUGAGUUAACUAUAGCCAGAAAGGUUGUUUUUUUUUUUUUUUUUUGAAUUUUUUUAGUUUCAUGGUGUGUUUGAAUAAAAUGUGUUGAACGAAUUUGUAAUUGCCUCAGAGGUGCAGAAUUGAUCUUUGCUAUUAUUAGCAGCUAAGAGUCAAGAGCCGUAAUUUCAGUAAAAAACAGCAGAUACAUGUUUGUGAGAUUUUUUUAUUCAACGAUAAACAAUCAAGGAUGCUGCAAGCUAACCAGCUAAUGUCAGCUCUGAGCUUAAAGCCUUUCUGUUGAUAUUUUUUGUUCAAUAUUGCAAUUAAAUGCAAUAUAAUGUCAAAAAGUGUCAUUAUGUUAUAGUUACUGAUGAAGGGGCAGUGUGACCUUAAAUGUGACAGAGUUAAUGAUUCCACUUGCCUUUAUUAGCCAAUUCUUGCUGUUAUUGUAAAUUAAUGUAUCACUUGGUCACUUUUCUAUUUUAACAUCAUGUUAUUUAUUAUUAUUUUAUAUUUAUAAAUAUAUUUCAUCAGUCUUGUGACAAUGUAUUAUCAUUAGUUUACUGCUGGAAGUCUGCCGUUUCCUGUCCCUGUGGUAGGUUGAUGCAUAUAAGCUCAGUUGAACCACCAUAAUAUGUUAGUUUUUGUUAAUAGAAGUGGAUUGUAUGUCGUCUCAAUGACCAUAACAAGUGUGUCUGUGAUGAUAUGUAUGUACCUGAUUGAUCCUGGUUGUUUUGAUUGUACAUUUUAACUAAGUGACAGAUUUUAGUCAUCACACGCUCACAUUUUAAAGUUUUCCCAGUCUACACAGCGUGGAGAGUUUGGCACAGCCGGCUUGUUUUUAGCUUUGGGAGCUAACAGUUAGCGGGUCAAGACAAGCUAAUAAAUCUGCUAACUGAAGCUUUAUCACCGCAACUGGUCCAGCUGUCCGGUCAUAAUGUCACCAGAUACCAGAGAGAUUUACUUGGCGAUAAUUGGCUUAAUCAGUAUUGUGCAAACUUGUUUGUCAAGGGCUUGGAUGUAAACCGACGUCCUGCAACUCCAGCUUUAACAUUAGCGUUAGCUCGUUGUCUGUUAUUAUUAUUAUUAUUAACAGCUGAAUUGUUAUUUUUGUCCCAUAAAUUGUCCAGCUUUGAAAUGUAUUCUACAAACCAGAGGAUGGACUUUCAGAGAGAUUUUUUAUGAAGAGUCAAUAAUCAUAAUGUCAGUAAAAACAGAAGAUACGAGUUUGUUUGUUGUUGUUUUUUUUUUGUUAAAAGGAGAUUUCACUGCUGUAGAUAUGAUUUCUCAAAACUAGGUCACCUCUAUUGUGUAAAUGUGCAAUUAUUUUUGAAAUUGGUGCCCUAUGACUAGAGAAAACUGAGGAAAAAAGACUGUAAAUCCCAUAAAAACCAGAAUGCAUUGCACUCGGUCUCGUCAAUCCGCUACUGAUGGUGUGUUUACUGAGUCCACACAUGAACAAGUAGUCUUAAAUUAAAGUGUUAAUAAGUAAGACAGCUGAUAUUUUUCACGUUCCGUUCUCCGUAACUAAAAGUUUAGUGUCUGCUGAGUGUGAGAUCAGGAUUCAACCCGGCAGUAAACGCAGCACCGCACCAGUUUCAGCGCCUUUUCUUCUUCUUCUCUGCAGAUUAUUUGAAGUAUUCGGAUGCUUCUGUUCCUUGUUUUUGCCUCAUGUGAAGCAGCAUCAGGGUCUGAAACAAGGACGUAGGUUUGGCUGAUAUUUCAUUUAAAUUAAUAUAAAUCUGAGACUAAAAUUAAUAUUUAACAUUGACAGAAGAUGUUUUUUUUUUCAGUAGAUGAUACAAGAAGAUAAAGCAGUAGGUAACGUGCUGGGAGUUGUAGUUUAGUGGACCAGACUGACUUUGUAUCACAUUAUCUAAUGUCAGAACUGCAGUCAUGAGGUUUCAUACAGGAAUUAACUCUGAAAUAACAGAAUUAAAAACCGCUUCAGUGUCUGCUGCUUAAUCGGUCGAAGCGCAGUGUUGGAAAAGGUCUCGAUUCAGUCUCAGGCUCAUCUGGACUCUUUUACUUUGAAUAACAAACACAACCCUUUAUAAAUAUCCUGAUAUUGGUUUCAGACGUAUCGCUAAUGUGCAGUUGUUUUGCAGUGGGAAGAUGUUUAAAUUUUCCAUGUUGAGGUCUUAAAAAGCAUUAAAUAUGAUUUCAAAAGUGUGUAUCAAAGCCUGUGAAGCUCAUAUGGAGACUAACAUGCAGAGGUGUUCCAGCUGUGCUCUUUGAAUUCUUCAGAGUAAAUACUAAUUGUUCCAAUGAGCCCUUAUGAACAGCUGGUACUACAGAUGGUCUCUAUGUGACAUCAGAGCUGUUCUAACUUGUGAAUGUCGCUGCAGAACAACAAAAAUUACUUCAAAAUACUUAAUUUAAUUUGUAAAAUAUCCGUUGUGUAAAUAUAAAUGGAUUCAAACUUGUUUCAGUGGUGAUCUGAAGUUGUUUGUUGUGGAUUAUUUUCCUCUCUUGCAUGUGUGUAAAAAGCUCUUCAUGCCUCCGUCCUGUGGAGGGAGUUCCUCCGUGUGAC